AUGAAUCUAAUCAUAGACGAAAAUUCUUACGCUAUGAAUUCGUUUUUCUUCCCCCGGCUUCACCUCAACGGAUAUAAUGCCGUCAAGAGAUGGACGAAGAAAAUUAAUAUUUUCAAGUUCGAGAAGGUGAUUGUCCCGAUCAACCUGGGUAAUCACUGGUGUCUCGCGGUUAUCAAUUUUCUUAAAAAAACAAUCGUUUAUUACGAUAGUUUCGGACGAGACAACCCGAAAUAUCUGGCUACCCUUCGGGAAUAUCUGGUCGAAGAGGCGAAAAAUAAAGGAGAAGGAUUAAUCAAAGAGGAUGAGUGGAUUCUGGCGACCAAAAAGGACAUCCCUCGACAAUCCAAUGGGUACGAUUGUGGGGUAUUCGUCUGCAUGUACGCCAAAUACGAGAUUUCCAAUAAAAAAAUGGAUUUCUCACAGCAGGAAAUGCCACAGCUUCGAAAAAAAAUGAGGAGAGAAUUGGAGACAGGAAAAAUAGAAGAGUGA